AUGGAACAUCCGUCAUCAUCAUCAUCAUCUUCUUGGUUUGUGAAUCGUAUAGGUAACGGAGGGAAUGAAACUAACGUUAUGGAUGUCGGCACAUUUUUUUCGUUAACAAAUCCAUCUUUGAUUCAACAAAACAAUAAUAAUAAUAAUGCCGUAACAGAUCAACAAAUACAUCUAAAUUCUCAAACACAGACAACGACAAUAAGUUCUGUUGCGUUAAUUGAUCAUCUUCAGCAAUCAUUACAACAGGAACAGGCUCGACGAAUAGAAAUUGAGAAAGAGUUGAUUUCUUUGAAACAAAAAUAUAUGGAAUUACAACGAGAAGUCACCGAGACAAAAGCCUUACAGGAGAAUAGCUUAUCAAUGCAACGAACUCAUCUUGAAUCAAUAAAAAAACGAUUGAUUAAUACGUUGAACAUGGCCAUCGACAGCAACAAUCAAAGUCAUGAGCUUACAACCGAUCCGCCAAAGUUACAACGUCUAAUCGAAUACAUACAUGAAUGUGAUGAAUGUCAAUUCAAAACUAAGUCGAAUGUUUCACUAAUUCUGCAUAAAAUGAAUCAUCAAAUUACUGAUCAUCAUUAUAUGUUAUCCACAACAUCUUUUACUACCAGAAACUCUAAUUCAAAGUCCAUUUAUAAAUGUUCGGCCUGUGAUACCGACAAGUUGACUCGUCAUCAAGUUUAUCGUCACAUCUACGAUUUACACACUACGGAAAAACCUUUGAGCUGUCCGUAUUGCGAAUUUACUUUUACUCAUAAUGACUACCUCGAACAGCAUAUUCCGAUAAAACACGGAAAAGCAACAUUCGCGUCAUUAUCGUCGUCAAAACCAGCUCAACUAUAUUACCAUAAUGAUGGCCCUAUUCAUACUAAUUCCAAUUCACACUCAGGCAGUAAUAAUAGCAGUCAUUCGUUAACAACAACAAUCACCGAAGUGGAUCCUUCAACUUCAUCACCCACAUAUGAAUUACAAUCAUCAAAUCGAAACAAAAAUAGACGUCAAACAACAUCGAAAAAUAUUUCACAAACCGAUUUGAAAUGUACAUUUCCUGAUUGUAAUUUUGUUACCAUAUUUCCCAGUACAUUAGACUUUCAUUUACAAGCACAUCUCACGACAAAGUACAAAUGUCCGUAUUGUCCAUACGUAGCGAACGCGAUCGUCGAUAUUAAACGACACAUACAAAAAAACAAAAAACACGAAGGAAUGAAAAUGUAUUCAUGUCAAAAAUGUUCAUUUGCAGCUGAUUGUGAUCGACAAUUCAAGGAACACUUGCGUGCAUAUCAUUUUGGCUUUGAAGCUAAUGAUGCUGUCAUAGAUUAUUUUAUCGAAGAAAUGUUCUCGAAUAAAAACAAACAACGUACCUGUAAUGAUGACCGUGAAAAUAUUAACAGAGCGAUUAACAGCAAUGAUACGACUGAAACGGUUAUAGCCAUCAAUUCGAUAACUAUGAACACUAACAACAAUAAUAGUGGUCAGCAAACAUCGACAAAUGAAGUAACUCCUCCACUUGUCAAAAAAUUUGCCGGAAUAAAAGAUCAUCAACAAUGUCUGGUAACUGCUAAUAAUGAUAUUACGAAUCAAUCUCUGAACAUUCAAAUAGCAAGUGAUAGAAAUGCUGGACAAACUAGCCAAACCUUUUAUAAUCUGGAAUUAACAACCGCAGCAGCCGUCUCUUCUACAAAUGUGCCAUUAUUGUUUACGUCAGGCAGUGGUGUUGGUGAUGGAAAUCAACGAUUAUCGAAUGCGAUUAAAUCAAUACCAUUGUCUUCGGUUACGAUCGUGCCACAACAACAUGGUCAUGAACAACAUCAACACCAACUUCAUGUUCAACAGCCGCAGACGGCAACCCUUUUGUCCGUUCCUUCCGAUGCAAAUCUUAAUCAAUUAUUAAAUCAUCAUGCAACAUUGAUUAGUGUUGAAGAACAGGCAUCAAAUAACAAUCAUGUUCAUCAUCAACAAUCAACGAAUUCUUCUCAAGAUAACGGUGGUCAGGAUUCUAGUUUAACAACAUCCAUUCAGCAGCAGGAACAAAUACCAGUAACAAUAACAACACAAUAUCUUAGUUAUACAAAUUAUUGAUUUUUAAAAACAAAUUCUUUUAUGUUUGAUGCCAUAUCAUGUAUAUAUUUUUUAUUAAUAAUCUUAUUCAUAUAUUUGAUCACAAUCUAA